CCAGUCUAACGGACCAAACGUCAAAAUGUCUGAUCCGAGUGAACAUGGAGAAUGCUCUAAAUCUUGCAAACCGCCAGAUUUAACGGAGGCACAGAUCGCGGAACUGCGGAAAAGCUCUAACCAGCCAGAGUUAACGGCGGAACUGAUCGUGGAAUUACGUGAUGCGUUUGCUCUGUUCGACACAGACGGCGAUGGCAUUAUCACCCCCAAAGAACUCGGAGCGGUGAUGCGGUCACUCGGUAGAGCCAUCACCGACAGGGAAUUGGCAAAACAGUUGAAGAAAAUGAAAACCGAUCGCCAGGGGAGGAUACAUUUCGAACACUUUGUGGCGAUGAUGGGCAGACACAACGAGGAAGCGAGUCACAACGAGGAGGAGCUGCGGGAGGCUUUUCAGAUAUUCGAUCGCGACGGAAACGGACUGAUUUCUGUCGACGAACUGCGAGAGGCACUGAAAAUGUUCGGUGAUGAGCUGUCGGAAGAGGAACUGGAGCAGUUGAUGCGGGAGGCCGACAUUAAUUGCGACGGACAGAUCGACUACGAGGAGUUUGUCAUAAUGAUUACACAGAUUUAGAGGCGGUACCAGAACACUUUUUUCCGUUAGCGCUUAGCGGGAUAACAGAUUCAUAGUUAGACAGACCGGUGCAAACAACAUCAAACGGUAAUUGAAUUGUUAACUUUCUUCUUUGGAUUGCGGCUGCCUUUUGCUGUGUAAAGAUUUGACAAAAGAAUACUCACAAUGUUUUGUAAUUGAAAAUGCAGCCGCGUUUCGUUCUAUAUCAUCUUACCUGAAAUGAAAAUAAACAAGUAUCACUCUUUCGAUCCUACUACAAAAGUCACGCUUGACACGCUUGAUGUAUCAGAUAUUAUUGUUUGAUAUCUCAGCCGGUCUCUGGCGCAAAAUUAACCGGGACGGCCGAGCGAGGAAUGCGUUAAUUAUCUUGGUCGAACGGUCGCGACUAUCACAAAGACACGGUUUACAAAUUCUUCUCGGC